CAGUCGUUUAGUAGCGGCCAAUUAAUAAGGUUGCGUUUCGUUUCACGGUUUAACUAGGAAAUUUUUAAAAAGCCACGUGGGUUUCAUAAAACAAUUUAAAUUUUAUUAAUUAUAGUGAAAAUACAAACGAAAUUAUAAUAAAAAACUUUACUUCUUUCUCCUUGCAGUUCCAUAACUUUAAAUUAUAAGCCCAACAUAUUUUUCAAAAUCCAACAACAUGUAUUCUCCUAAUUGUUAUUUGGUACUUGAAGACUCGACCGUUUUAAGUGGUCAAGCCUUUGGUGCUAAGGCACCCGUUGACGGUGAGGUAGUAUUCCAAACAGGUAUGGUGGGUUAUCCCGAAUCCAUGACAGAUCGUUCGUAUAGAGCUCAAAUAUUGGUAUUAACUUAUCCCUUGAUUGGUAACUAUGGUAUACCCGAUAUGGAGGAAAAAGAUGAACAUGGUUUACCUAAACAUUUGGAAUGGCUAGAGGGUAUAUCCAUAGCCGCCUUAGUGGUGGGUGAAAAUUGUGAAACACCCUCUCACUGGCGUGCCAAGGAAACCCUAUCACAAUGGAUGGAAAAACACAAUGUUCCCGGUAUUAGUGGCAUAGAUACCAGAGCUUUGACCAAGAAGAUACGUGAAAAUGGUGCCAUUUUGGGUCGUAUUGUUUAUGAGUAUCCAGAAAAUGUGGAAUCAUUAAAAUUCUCCGAUCCCAAUCAGCGUAAUUUGGUGGCUGAGUGUUCAGUUAAGAAACCCAUGGUUUUCAAUGAGACUGGAACACCACGCAUCUGUGCUAUUGAUUGUGGUUUGAAAUUGAAUCAAAUUAAAUGUUUUAUUUCCCGUGGAGCUCGUGUUGAACUGGUGCCCUGGAAUUGGGAGUUAGAUGAAUCUACCUUUGAUGGUCUGUUUAUUUCCAACGGUCCUGGUGAUCCAGUUGUUUGCAAGGAUACCGUUACUCAAAUACAAAAAGUGUUAAAAUCUGGCAAGAAACCAGUUUUUGGCAUAUGUUUGGGUCAUCAAUUGUUGUCCACCGCCAUUGGCUGCAAAACCUACAAAAUGAAAUACGGUAACAGAGGUCACAAUUUGCCCUGUAUACAUCAUGGUACUGGACGUUGUUAUAUGACUUCUCAAAAUCACGGUUUUGCUGUAGAUACCGAAACUUUACCUAUGGAAUGGGAACCUUUGUUCACUAAUGCCAACGAUAGCACCAAUGAAGGUAUAAUUCACAAACAGAAACCCUAUUUCUCGGUACAAUUCCAUCCUGAACAUACUGCCGGUCCCGAAGAUCUUGAAUUACUUUUCGAUGUCUUCUUAAGUGCUGUGAAAAAUCAAUCGUCUCAGGGCGCCUCUACCAUUAGUUUACGCCAACAAUUAAUCAAUCGUUUGAUGUACACUCCCACUCCCGAAUCCUUAUUGGAAAAGCGUCCUCGCAAGGUUUUAAUUUUGGGUUCUGGUGGUUUAUCUAUUGGCCAGGCUGGUGAAUUUGAUUACUCCGGUUCUCAGGCCAUUAAAGCCAUGAAAGAAGAGAAAAUUCAAACAGUUUUGAUUAAUCCCAAUAUUGCCACUGUACAAACAUCUAAAGGCUUGGCUGACAAGUGUUACUUUUUGCCUUUGACUCCCGAAUAUGUGGAACAAGUUAUUAAGGCCGAAAGACCUAAUGGUGUACUUCUGACUUUUGGUGGUCAAACCGCUUUGAACUGUGGUGUGGAGUUAGAAAAGUCUGGAGUAUUUGCCAAAUACAAUGUCAAGAUUUUGGGUACUCCCAUCAAAUCCAUUAUAGAGACUGAGGAUCGUAAAAUUUUCGCAGAACGUGUUAAUGAGAUUGGCGAACAAGUGGCUCCUUCUGAGGCCGUUUAUUCCGUAGAAGAAGCUUUAAAUGCUGCCAAGCGCAUUGGCUAUCCUGUAAUGGCUAGAGCUGCCUUUUCAUUGGGCGGUUUGGGCUCCGGUUUUGCUGACAAUGAAGAGGAAUUGGAAACUUUGGCCCGUCAUGCUUUGGCCCAUUCCAGUCAAUUGAUUAUUGACAAAUCUUUGAAGGGCUGGAAAGAAGUUGAGUAUGAAGUAGUAAGAGAUGCUUUCGACAACUGUAUUACCGUUUGUAACAUGGAAAAUUUGGAUCCUUUGGGCAUUCAUACUGGUGAAAGUAUUGUGGUGGCUCCUUCCCAAACUCUCAACAAUCGUGAAUACAAUAUGUUGAGAAGUACCGCCUUGAAAGUUAUUCGCCAUUUUGGUGUAGUGGGUGAAUGUAACAUUCAGUAUGCCUUAAAUCCUUAUUCCGAGGAAUACUAUAUCAUAGAAGUUAAUGCCCGUCUCUCGAGAAGUUCCGCUUUGGCUAGUAAGGCCACCGGUUAUCCUUUGGCUUAUGUUGCUGCCAAACUUUCCUUGGGAGUGCCUUUACCCAGCAUUAAGAAUUCUGUUACUGGCGUAACUACCGCUUGCUUUGAGCCCUCUUUGGAUUACUGUGUGGUAAAAAUUCCACGUUGGGAUUUGUCCAAGUUUGUAAGAGUCAGCAAAAAUAUUGGCAGUUCUAUGAAGAGUGUAGGCGAAGUCAUGUCCAUUGGUCGCAACUUUGAAGAAGCAUUCCAAAAGGCUUUACGUAUGGUUGAUAAUUCUGUAAAUGGUUUCGACCCUUACUUGCAAGAAGUUAAGAAAGAUGAAUUGACUGAACCCACCGAUAAAAGACCAUUUGUUUUGGCCGCUGCCUUAAAAGCAAAUUAUUCCAUAGAUGAGCUACAUUCUUUAACUAAAAUCGAUAAAUGGUUCUUAAACAAAAUGAAGAAUAUCAUUGAAUUCUAUAAUCAAUUGGAAGUUUCGGGUUCUACAUUGACCGCUGAACAGUUAUUACAUGCCAAGCGUAUAGGUUUCUCCGAUAAGCAAAUUGGCCAGGCUGCUAAAAUUACAGAGUUGGCUGUGCGUACAUUGAGAAAGGAAAUGGGUAUUAUACCCUUCGUUAAGCAAAUCGAUACCGUGGCUGGUGAAUGGCCUGCUGCUACCAAUUACUUGUAUUUAACCUAUAAUGCUACGGAAAAUGAUAUAGAUUUCCCUGGUGGCUAUACCAUAGUAGUGGGAUCAGGUGUCUAUCGCAUUGGUUCCUCUGUAGAGUUCGAUUGGUGUGCUGUAGGCUGCUUGAGAGAGUUGAGAAAUCUGGGUAAACCCACCAUUAUGAUCAAUUACAAUCCCGAAACCGUAUCCACUGAUUACGAUAUGUGUGAUCGUUUGUACUUUGAGGAAAUUUCCUUUGAAGUUGUUAUGGAUAUUUAUGAACUGGAACAUUCCGAAGGUAUUAUCCUAUCUAUGGGUGGUCAAUUACCCAACAACAUAGCCAUGGAUUUGCACAGACAACAAGCCAAGGUUUUAGGUACUUCACCUGAAUCCAUCGAUUCUGCUGAAAAUCGUUUCAAGUUCUCACGUAUGUUGGAUCGUAAGGGUAUUUUACAACCUAGAUGGAAGGAAUUGACCAAUCACGAAUCGGCUAUAGCUUUCUGCGAGGAGGUAGGUUUCCCUUGUUUGGUAAGACCUUCUUAUGUUUUAUCGGGAGCUGCCAUGAAUGUAGCCUAUUCCAAUCAAGACUUGUUGACUUAUCUUAAUGCUGCUUCUCAAGUCAGUAAAGAGCAUCCAGUGGUUAUUUCCAAAUUCUUAACGGAAGCCAAGGAAAUCGAUGUAGACGCUGUAGCGGCCGAUGGUGAGAUAUUAUGUAUGGCUGUAUCGGAGCAUGUAGAGAAUGCUGGUGUUCAUUCUGGUGAUGCUACCUUGGUAACACCACCCCAGGAUUUAAAUGCAGAAACCUUGGAAAAUAUCAAACGCAUAACCCGUGAUUUGGCUGCUUUACUGGAUGUUACCGGUCCCUUCAACAUGCAAAUUAUUGCCAAGAACAAUGAACUUAAAGUUAUCGAGUGCAAUGUGCGUGUUUCCAGAUCUUUCCCCUUCGUAUCGAAGACCUUGAAUCAUGAUUUUGUAGCCACUGCCACCAGAGCCAUUAUGGGUUUGCCAGUAGAACCUGUCGAUGUCUUACAUGGUGUUGGCAAAGUUGGUGUUAAGGUGCCACAAUUCAGUUUCUCACGUCUGGCUGGUGCCGAUGUUCAAUUGGGCGUUGAAAUGGCCUCAACUGGUGAGGUAGCCUGUUUCGGUGACAAUCGUUAUGAAGCCUAUUUGAAGGGUAUGAUGUCAACAGGUUUCCAAAUUCCUAAGAAAGGUAUUCUACUCUCGAUUGGUAGUUUCAAGCACAAAAUGGAACUUUUACCCUCUAUUAGAGACUUGGCUAAAAUGGGUUACAAACUUUAUGCCUCCAUGGGUACUGGUGACUUUUAUGCAGAACAUGGUGUGGAUGUCGAAUGUGUACAAUGGACUUUCGAUAAGAAUAUGCCCGAAGAUUUGAGUGGUGAAUUGAGACAUUUAGCUGAGUUUUUGGCCACCAAACAAUUUGACAUGGUUAUCAAUUUACCCAUGAGAGGUGGUGGUGCUAGAAGAGUUUCCUCCUUCAUGACCCAUGGUUAUCGCACCAGACGUUUAGCGGUUGACUAUUCCAUUCCUUUGGUUACUGAUGUUAAAUGUACCAAAUUGUUGGUGGAAUCUAUGCGUGUGACAGGACGCAAACCAGCCAUGAAAACUCAUACCGAUUGCAUGACUUCCAGACGCAUGGUCACCUUGCCCGGUUUCAUUGAUGUUCAUGUACAUUUACGUGAACCCGGAGCCACACACAAAGAAGAUUUCGCCAGUGGUACUGCUGCUGCCUUGGCUGGAGGUGUUACCAUGGUGUGUGCCAUGCCCAACACUAACCCCUCUAUCAUAGAUAGAACCUCGUUUACUCUAUUCCAAGAAUUGGCCAAGGCUGGCUCACGUUGUGAUUAUGCCUUGUAUGUGGGUGCUUCCGAUACCAAUUGGCAACAUAUUCAUGAAUUGGCUGCCCAAGCAGCGGGUUUGAAAAUGUACUUAAAUGAUACAUUCAGUAAUUUGAAAAUGACUGAUAUGACGGUGUGGGAGAAACACAUGCAAAACUGGCCCAAACGUGCCCCCAUUGUGUGUCAUGCUGAAAGACAAACUAUGGGUGCUGUUAUCUUAAUGGCCCAACUUAUGGAUCGUGCUGUACAUAUAUGUCACUUGGCCCGCAAAGAGGAAAUUAUGAUUGUUAAAGCUGCCAAGGAGAAGGGUAUGCGUGUAACCUGUGAAGUUUGUCCCCACCAUCUGUUCUUGUCUACUAAGGACGUAGACUCCAUUGGAGCAGGUAGAGCUGAAGUUAGACCUGUUCUUUGCUCACCUGAAGAUCAAAAGGCAUUGUGGGAUAAUAUUGAUUGCAUUGAUGUAUUUGCCACAGAUCAUGCUCCCCACACUUGGGAAGAAAAGAAUUCCGAAAAGCCACCACCAGGCUUCCCUGGCAUUGAGACUAUUUUGCCUUUACUAUUGCAAGCAGUCGAUGAUGGUCGUUUGUCUUUGGAAGAUAUUAAAAAUAAAUUCUAUCGCAAUCCCAAGAAAAUAUUCAGUCUUCCCGAUCAACCCAAUACUUAUGUUGAGGUUGAUUUGGAUGAAGAAUGGGUUAUUAGCAAAGAAUUCAUGCAUUCCAAGUCUAAGUGGACUCCAUUUGAGGGUACUAAGGUUAAGGGUAAGGUACAUCGUGUAGUCUUGCGCGGUGAAGUGGCCUACAUAGAUGGAGAAGUGUUGGUACAGCCAGGUUUUGGUCAAAAUGUACGCAGUCACUAUAAUCUUAAAUCCCUGUUGCAACAAUCUAUGGAAUCAUUGGAAAUUAAGACUUCCAUCGAUAAUUUGGAUCGUAGUACCGAUUUUGUUUCCGAUUCCCAAGCUAAUGAAGCUUUUGCCAGAUUGUUGUCGGAAACACCCUCAAAAACCAAUGUACACUUCUCAGGAGAUCCCAACUUUUUGCGUCCUAUUUCCCCCUCACCACGCAUACGUUGUGACUCGGCCAGUAAUGCCACACUUAAGGAACUCAUACAGAAGACCACUGCCACCGCACCCAUCUCUCCCGUUACUCACAGUCUUUUGGGACGUCACAUCUUGUCGGUGGAUAUGUUCACCAAGGAGCAACUUAAUGACAUUUUCAAUUUGGCUCAAUUGCUUAAGAGUCGUGUAGUUAAAGAUCGUCCUGUGGAUGAUUUAUUAAAGGGCAAAAUCAUGGCUUCCGUAUUUUAUGAAGUUAGUACCAGAACAUCUUGCAGUUUCGCCGCAGCUAUGCAAAGAUUGGGUGGCCGUGUCAUUUAUAUGGAUGAAACUAGUUCUUCGGUGAAGAAGGGUGAAACUUUAGAGGAUAGUAUAUCAGUAAUGGCUGGUUAUUCGGAUGUGGUAGUUUUAAGACAUCCACAACCUGGUGCAGUAGGUCGCGCUGCUCAACAUUCUCGCAAACCUUUGAUUAAUGCCGGCGAUGGUGUGGGUGAACAUCCCAGUCAAGCUUUGCUUGAUAUCUUCACCAUACGUGAAGAAAUCGGUACCGUCAAUGGUCUUACCAUUACCAUGGUGGGUGAUUUGAAACAUGGCCGUACUGUGCAUUCUUUAGCCCGUCUCCUGACCCUCUACAAUGUGACCAUACAGUAUGUCAGUCCCGAUAACUUAGGCAUGCCAGAUCACAUUGUACGUUAUGUCAACUCUAAGGGUAUUAGUCAAAAGGUCAUGCAAAGUUUAGAAGAGGCUCUACCCACCACCGAUGUUUUGUACAUGACACGCAUACAAAAGGAAAGAUUCGCCAGCGAGGAAGAAUAUGAAAUGUGUUGCGGUAAAUUUAUUGUCACCCCCAAACUCAUGACCCUGGCUAGUCGUCGUACCAUUGUUAUGCAUCCUUUGCCACGUGUAUUUGAAAUUAGCAAAGAUUUCGAUUCAGAUCCCAGAGCAGCCUAUUUCCGUCAAGCCGAAUACGGGAUGUAUGUACGCAUGGCUUUGUUAGCCAUGGUAGUGGGUUGUCGCACUUGAUGUGUUACGGAUUACAAGGAUAUUGUUGAUUUACUUUAGAAGGCAUUUCUACUAUAUAUAUAUUUUUUACAUAAGUUAUAUUCUUUUUUUAUAUAUACAUAUACUAUUUUACAAUAUCAUUUAUAAUUAAAACUAUUAAUAAAAUUAACAAAGUUUAAAAGCUUAAAAAAUAC